UUGAUCCGUGAUCGGUCCAGUGUUGUUUAUCAUCUAAUUUGGUGGACCUUCUUUUUUGACUUGAUCAUAAUAAUGAUUUAAAAAUCAUCAUUUAAUUGGUGUUGACCUUUUUGUUUAUUGUUAUUGUUUUAAUCACUAUUGACCAGUGAAGUGCUGAACAAUUUUGACCAUCGCUUCGCUGAUAUAUCAAGAUUUAUCUAAUAAGUUAUGUAACGAUUGUCACUGAGGAAUUGUUAUCAAACGAUCAGUUAAUAUUGAUAAGGAUGGAAUCUAGGAAAUAUAUCUUGCUGUUAGCAUAUCUGACAAUAAUCUCUGGCUUUUCAAUCUCUGACAAAGAUCACAGUCGAGGUCGAAAACUCUUUGGAGGCUACAGAAUAGUGCCGAAAGUGUGCCAGCCAACAAGCCCCUCUAGGAUACAGUCAAAUCAGCCAGCCAUUUGUAUGUUUAACUAUGAAUGUAGUCAAAGGAAUGGCCAAGUUGUUGGUGCUUGUAUGGAUGGUUUUCUUUUUGGAGCCUGUUGCCAACUUCCACCAAACUAUCAAACCAGUGAAAUUCUUCAAGAGCAAUUUAAUUACUCUAAGAUUCCAAUGACUGAAACAACCAACUCACAUAUUACAACAAUACAAACAACUAAACCACCAUCUCCAGUUCACCAUGAAGAUAACAAAAACAUCUCUCAAGUUUUCACUUCUCAAGAUAUCGAUGAUCUUUCAAUACCAGGGAUUAUUACUCAUGCUGAUUCCCACAAUGAUUUACAAGAGAAAGAAUCGCCUGAAGUGAAUCCAGUAACGACUUUCUUACGACCAGAUCAGAUCUUGCAAAUUUCAGAUCCUGUUGAUCAACUUCCUGGACUUUUUUCCCAAGGAAUAGGAGCUAGUAAUUUUUCUGGAGCUGAUACCGUUUUAGUUGAUAAAAAUGGCACAGUAAUUGAUAAUAAAAUAAGUUCUGACUCAAUAUUCAGGCCUGACAAUAGAAGUACUUUGGGUCCAAAUUAUUCCGUGAAUUUUGCAGGAAGCACAACACGAAUGCAACCAUCGCAAUAUAUGAAUACCAAUAAGAUCAUUGAUUCAACAACGAUUCCAUCAACCUCCGGCCUCGUUCGAGUGCCAACAAUUAAUUACGGGACACCAGUAGGAAUAAAAAAAGAUGACGAUGAUGAGUUUACUAAAAAUGAAAUGUCUAUCAAUCAUAUACUUACUCUUCUAAAUAGUAGCACACCAAAUGCUGGAUCUCCGACUCAUGUUACUCAGCAAAUACAUUCUACUAAUGGUGGAUCGUCUGUUCAAUCAUGGUCGGCAGUAGAAAACACGUCCAAGCCGUCAACUGCUAAAUUAACAUAUCCUUAUACUUAUUAUAAGCCUGUAACGAAGCCGACCAAUUAUUAUUACUAUAAUACUGGUUCUCCGACAUCUUCAUUUAGUACAUCAACUAAAGCUAGACCAACUAGACCGUCAAACUUGGUAUUUUCUAGUGAUUAUAGUCCUAAAUAUCCAAGUACUGGUUCUUCUUCAUCAUCGACUUACUUCUUAUCAACAAAACCAACAACGUUACCUCCUGCUCCAACAGUUAUUGUCCUUGGACCACUUGGUACCAGUGAUUUCACUUCAGCAACUACACCAAAAUUUACAACUAAACAACCACUUACUACUACUCCAAGUUCAGCAAAGCCUUCACUUUUGACCAAAAAACCUCCUCAAGCAACGAUUACUCACAAUAUUAGUACAGUUAUUUCCACUGAUAGCUCUGCUGACACUUCAGCCACCAGUAACAUUAUUUCCACAAGUUUUAUUAAUGUGAAAUUUAAAGACACCAGUACAUCCAAACCUGCUGAAGCUUUGCAAAGUGUAGUACCAACUAAAAAACCAUCAACAGUCUGGACGACAUUAUCAACUUGGUCAAAUAAACCAAGCUUCCAGCUGAGACCAGGACAACCUGAUUUUGCUUGGCCGGAUACUAAUUUCACACCUAUUCAAACGAUUGUUUUACAAUCAUCUACUAAGCCGGUAAACUCACCAUCAUCAACUGAAUAUAAUGUUGAUGAUGAUAGAACAGCAGCUCCUGAUGAAAUGAGCAAUUUUCCACCGGAUCGGAAUCCAAAUUUAACAAAUUCCACUCCAAUUUCUCAAGCUGAAAAGCCAACGAUUGUUGAAAACGGUUAUCCAGCGAUAGAAAUAAUUGGUGAAAAUGAAAUUCCAACACCAAGUUUGAUCGAAGACGAAGUUUUGACAAAUAAAGUUGAUGACUUUGUCAAUAAAAUAGUAGACUCUCUUCAAGAUAAUUUCCAAGAUUUAAAAGACAUUGUUUAUAAUAAGAAAAAUAUAUCUGCAGUUUCAACUUCUUCUCCAGCACCAUCAGCAACUAGAAAACCGACAACAGUGAAAAGGCCAACACCAAAACCAUCUAGUACCAAGAAACCGCCAACAAGAAGGCCAACAAGUUCACCGAAACCUGGUACAGCUCCAAGUUCGGCAAAUAAACCAGUUAAAGUAACAAGACCAGCUAAACCAACUAGUACUACUGCCCCACUAAGUGCUGGGGUUAUUACAAAGAGGCCAUCAGUUUCUUCUAGUUCACCAACAAGCUCCAAAAGACCUAAGCCGACGAAAAAAGUAACCACUACUGUUACUCCAACUACAACAGUAGAAAUCAGUUCGGUUUCAACCAUUCAAAUUCAUCAUAAUGAACCUUUGAAUGAACCCACCCAAGGAACAACCAGAGCUCCUGAUUAUCGUCGAGAAUGUGGGGUAAGACCGUUAGUUCAAAGAGCAAGAGUUGUGGGUGGAAAGAGUGCAACAUUUGGUGAAUGGCCUUGGCAAGUUCUCGUGAGAGAAGCCACAUGGUUAGGAUUGUUUACCAAAAACAAAUGUGGAGGUGUACUGAUUACAGACAAAUAUGUGAUUACUGCAGCACAUUGCCAACCAGGGUUUUUAGCAUCAUUGGUUGCAGUAUUUGGUGAAUUUGAUAUCUCUGGUGAAUUAGAAUCCCGUCGUAGUGUUUCUCGAAAUGUCAGAAGAGUAAUAGUACAUCGAGCAUAUAAUCCUGCAACAUUUGAAAAUGAUUUAGCAAUUCUUGAAUUGGAAUCACCAAUUGAAUUCGAUGCACAUAUUGUUCCCAUUUGUAUGCCUGAGGAUGGAAUUGAUUUUACUGGAAAGGUGGCUACCGUUACUGGCUGGGGCCGUGUUAAAUACAAUGGUGGAGUUCCAUCCGUUCUUCAGGAAGUUCAAGUUCCAAUCAUAGAAAAUUCAGUAUGUCAAGAUAUGUUCCGGACAGCAGGACACUCGAAGCUUAUUCUUGAUAGUUUCCUCUGUGCUGGAUAUGCUAAUGGGCAAAAAGAUUCUUGUGAGGGUGAUAGUGGUGGACCUUUGAUGAUGGAGAGACCUGAUGGAAAAUGGUUUCUUGUUGGGACAGUAUCUCAUGGGAUUAAGUGUGCUGCUCCAUAUCUUCCUGGUGUCUACAUGAGAACAACAUAUUUCAAACCUUGGCUCCAUGCUGUCACAGGCGUGUGAGAAAUAAAUUAGAUAGAACAACCCAACUUCUGAAACAGUAUAAAAAAUUUAUUACAAGGGAAAAUUAAAAGCUGUAAGAGAAGUUAAAAGGAAGAUAUUUAUAUAGAUUUAUAAACAAUUGUACAAAAAAUUUAUUUAUAUAAUUAUUGAUCAAUGAUCAAUAGAAUUAAUCAAUUUAUUCGAAGAAGACCAUCAACAUGAAAAUGUUCUGUUGGAGUUGAAGCAAGGAACUUUCAGAAGGGAGUUUUAGUAAUUAUAUGAUAAUAUUCAUUUUUUAUUUCAACAAAAACUAGAAUUAUCGUUAUAAUUGACGUUCAUUGGGAAAACUUUACAAAAGUGGUUCUUUUAAGAAUAGAUAAAAACUAGAGCCUUUCAAAUUCGAUUGAUCCAAGACCAAAUUGAUUUUUAAACAAUUAUUUAUCAAUCGAAAUGAAACAAUAUUAUUAUUAUGUCUUAUUUAUAUCAAUAACUUAUUUAUUUAUUUAUUUAAAUAAAGAAUCCAUAUAGAAAUUCCCAGGGAAUAUUAAAUGAUCGUUUGAAUAGGGGAAAAAUAAUAAUUAACCUUUUCAAACGAUCAAAAGAGUAAUUAAAAAAUGAAUUACAGUAUCAUUUAUUUAUGAAGCGAAUCAAAGUAAGAUGAAUUGGCUCGCUAGACUAACUUUGUAAAUAAUUAACCUA